GCGCGAUUAUAUACGACCCGACCCGACCCGACCCGAGAGUAUUAGAGGAACGCGCCCACCAUCUACUGUCUCUGCAUAGAACCAUAGGUAUCACUCAGCUCAAGACCUCCUAUAAUAUUGUAAGUACGUUGUUACCCUCGUUGGCUCCCUUCGGCGGUUGAGGGGCACCAUGACUACUCUGGGGGAUGGCGGAGGGCCUUCAGCUACCUCUGUGUACAGCGGAGUACGCAGCAGUGUUAGCGGUGCAUCUGACGUACCUGGUGGUGCACAUAAACAUAUUUCCCCGCAUAUUGGACAGAUUGACUCUGGUGAGAAAAUGGAUGCAGAUAGAAUGGACGAAAAGAGAAAGGAACACAUGGCAUACGAGUAUCUCUGCCAUUUAGAGGAAGCAAAACAGUGGAUUGAAGCAUGCAUUGAGGAUGAGCUGCCUACAACUACAGAACUUGAGGAAGCCCUCAGAAAUGGUGUGAUACUGUGUCGGCUGGGGCACUUUUAUGCACCAGAGAUUCUACCUCUCAGGAAGAUCUAUGACAGAGACCAGGCCAAGUAUCAUGCUAAAGGGCUACACUUCAAGCACACAGACAACUUCAACUGGUGGUUACGGACAUUGGAGCAUGUUGGCCUACCAAAGAUAUUCUACCCCAUUACAACUGAUCUAUACGACAGGAAAAACAUGCCGAGGGUUAUCUACUGUAUCCAUGCCGUCAGUUUGUAUCUCCAUAAGUUGGGAAAAGCACCCCUAAUCGAGGACCUGCUGGGAACAGCUACAUUCACAGAGGAGGAGAUCAGUGCCAUGAAACUAGCACUAGAGAAGUAUGGAAUAAAUCUUCCUUCAUUUGGAAAGAUUGGGGGGAUUCUUGCAAAUGAGCUUUCUGUGGACGAGGCAGCAGGUAUGGUAACAUUUAACUUUGUACUGUAUGUGUAUAACGUAUGUUUCUAAAGAAAGCUAACCUUGUAAAGUGUGCAUAAAUAUCUGAGAGUUUUGUCUAAUUAAGUUAAAAUAGCCUUAUAUACUUUAUGUUGCAGACCUUGUUUGCACAUCUUUGUAUAAUUGUAUAGUAUAAUGUUUGUAAACUUUAGUUGCAUUUUAACAUAUAUAGCAAGCUCCUGAAACAUGUACUGCCACCUUUAGUAGCAUGUUUGUUUUCAGUACAUGCAGCAGUGAUGGCCAUCAAUGAAGUGUUGGAGAAAGAAGACAGCAGUGAAACACUCAAAGCGCUCCGAAAUCCUGCAGCCUGUUUGGUUGAUGUGCUGGUGGAAAAUGCUCCACGUUACCAAGGGACUCUUCUGAAGGAAAAGAGAGACAAGUCUGCUAAGGCUGGAGCUCAGAAUGGUGAUGUAGAUGACUCACAGAGGGAUGUGUACGAAUACAUGCUUACUCGUGAUGAAAUACAGAGGGGAGUGACUGAAGUUAACUCCACAGUACGUGCAGAAAUUGCAGAGGAAAAGUUUUGCAAUGCCAUUGGUGAAGUGAAUCAGGCCAUUGUCGGUGGUGACCUCCAGCAGUUGCUGUACUCACUGCAGAGUGAAGAUACUAGACUCAAAGCUAUUAACCCAGAUAAUGUCCAAUGGUACAUGGAUGUAUUGUCAAAAGCCAUCAAAGACAAAGCAGAGAUGGGUGGUGAUAGUCUCCUGACACGGGACGAGAUACAGGAUAUCAUCAACAUUGCUAAUGAUAUAGCUGAACACACAAGACUAGUGCAAGCAGCUGUGGUAGCUAUCAACACAGCCCUAGAAGAAGGUGAUGCAGAUAGUACCCUAGAGGCCCUACAGAAUGAGCACCUUGACCUGUCAGAUGUUCACCCAGAAAACAAAGACUACUACUAUCAGGGAUUGCGUGCUAAAAAACAAGGAAAGGAGGAAAGUGGCAGCACUCUUCUGACAGAGGAUGAUAUACAAGAAGGUGUAAAUGAUAUGAACCAGACUGCUGAGUAUGACAGAAAUGUUGAGGAGGCAUUUGCUGCUAUCAACUAUAGUGUCAAGAGUGGCCAAAGUGCUCAAGCUACUCUGCAUGCUUUGCAGAGUGAAUUUGCUGGGUUGAUUGAAAAUAUCAGAGAAGACUGUGCAGAGGAAUAUCUUGCUGCCCUCAGAAAGGCGCAGGAUGAGAAACAAGAGGAGCUGACCUCUGAGGAAAUCAAGCAAAUUGUGGAAAUGGUGAACGAGAAGAAGCAUCAGGAAGAGUUGAAAAAUCAGGCAGUAGGUGAAAUCAAUUCGUGUGUGGGUGGUAUGGACAGCACUCUCCUUCUGCAAGCACUCUUGAACCCCCAUGCUGGACUGGACAAUGUGCAAGAAUCCAAUGCACUGCACUACCUCAAUGUUCUCACAGCCAUGAAAAAAUCAAAAGAAGAGAGGAUGGGUGAAUCUGAUGCCACUCUGACACAAGCAGAGAUCCAGACAGGCAUUGACAAAGCUAAUGAGCAGACUCUUAAAGCUAUAGAAUUGGCAAAGGCAGUGAGUGUCAUCAACUGGGCUGUUGACAGUGGAGAUUCAGCAGCCACAUUAGUAGCCCUACAGGCACCUGCAGCUAACCUUCGCUCAAUCACAGAGGAGUGUGCUGCUGACUACACAAGAAGCUUGGCAGAAGCUAAGAGCCAGAGAGUAGGGGAGAAAGGUGAUGGGUGGGCGGAACAUCGCACAAGAGGAGGACAUGCAUUCUAUUACAACUGGAAAUCAGAGCAAUCUCAGUGGGAGAAGCCUGAAAAUCUACCUGAACAGAGUUCUCACUUGAGAAGAGAGGAGAUUCAGGUCGUUGUAACCAAGGUUACAGCUGAGUUUGAUCGUUGGACUCUUCUCAAAUCGAACGAACCUCUCAUUACUCAGUUGCAAGCAAGAAUAAGAGGAACCCAGUGCCGCAAAUCAUUCCUUUCACGUCUAGACUUUCUUAGAGCACAUGAGAAGCAGGCAGUUGCACUACAGGCUCACUGGAAGGGAUCAAAACAGAGGAAGGCUUACCGAGAAAGACUGGCCUUCCUAAACAGUCAAGCCACUGCUGCUGUCAUGUUGCAGUCCUUUGUGCGAAUGUGGAGAGGCAGAAAAGCCCACCGGGAGAGACUGCAGUUCUUGAGAGACAAUGUUGCUGCUGUGGUCAAAAUACAGACAUUCUGGAGAGCAAAAACUGCAAAGAGGAACUACAAGCAGCUUGUUGAAGUUGAUCAGCCACCGGCAUCAUCGGUGCGGCGGUUUUUGGCACUUCUCGAACAGAGUGACAUCGAUUUCAGUGAAGAACUUGAAUGCCAGCGUCUAAAGGCACAAGUUGUGCAGGAGAUUCGUUGUAACCAGCAACUUGAACAGGAUGUACGCAUCAUGGACAUCAAGAUAGGGUUACUUGUCAAGAAUCGCAUAUCACUGGAAGAUGUAGUGACCCACUCAACACAAAUUAAGAAGGAGAGGCGCAAGGGAGGGGCAUCCGUGUCAGUGACUACAGGAGACUCCAGUGCUCUGUUAUCUACCGGACUUGGUGGACUCACAAAAGCCAACCAACAAAGACUAGAGGCUUACCAGCACUUGUUCUAUCUCCUCCAAACCAAUCCAAAUUACUUUGCCAAGCUAAUAUUUGAGAUGCCACAGAGCAAGACCAACCGAUUCAUGGAGAAUGUAAUCCUAACAGUCUUCAACUAUGCUCAAAACAACCGAGAACAAUUCCUGUUGGUUAAAUUGUUCGAGAGAGCUCUGAAAGAGGAAGUUCAGUCAAAGGUUGACAGAAUCAUGGAUAUCGUUACUGGAAACCCAACUGUCAUCAAGAUGGUCAUUCACUACACCAGAGGAGAGCGAGGUCACAAUGUGUUGCAAGAUUUGUUGGGACCUCUAGUGAAAGAAGUCUUGGAAGCCAAGGACUUGAUGUUAAUCACUAGUCCUGUGGACAUCUACCGUGCCUGGAUUAAUCAGAUGGAGUCCGAGACAGGCGAAGCUACAAAGCUACCAUAUGAUGUGUCAAAUGACCAAGCACUGGAGCACCAAGAAGUGAAGGAUAGAAUACGCAAGACGAUUCAGCAGCUGUGUUCCUUCUGUGAUCGCUUUCAGGCUUCCAUCAUGGAAAGUGUGCAAAAAAUACCGUAUGCUAUGCGCUUCAUUGCCAUGCAGCUACGGCUAGCACUUGUAGCCAAAUUUCCAGAUGCGCCACAAGAUGACAUUCUCAAAGUUGUGGGCAACCUUCUCUACUACCGGUAUAUGAAUCCAGCUAUUGUGGCUCCAGAUGCAUUUGAUGUUGUUGAAAUGGGAGUUGAACAUCAACUUGGAGCUGAACAAAGAAGAAAUCUGGGAGCUAUUGCAAAAAUUCUUCAGACAGCUGCUGCUGGAAAGAUGUUUGAGGGAGAAAAUUCAGCAUUGUCGAAUGUGAAUGAAUACCUCGCCAAAGCCUUUGAAAAGUUCAAAGUAUUCUUCUUGCAAGCUUCAACGGUGGCUUCAGCAGAGGAGAAGUUUGGCAUAGAUGAGUACUCAGAUGUCAUCAUGCUCACUAAGCCAGUCAUUUACAUAUCUGUGAAGGAAAUCUGCUCCACACACUCUUUGUUGAUUGAGCAUGAAGCCAUUGCCCCUGAUCCUUCUGACCCUCUGAGGGAGAUUUUGAGAGACCUUGGCCCUGCACCCUCUGUUGAAGCCUUUUUAGGUGGGGUCCGUGAGGCAGCACCAGGUGAAGACAAACAGGAUGUCAUUAAUGAGGCUGGAAAGCAGGAAAUCCCGCUUACCCUGGUCAACAAAUUUGAAGGAUUAGCACAGGAUGAUAGCUCUGACAUGAGAGCUCUUUUUGUCAGAACAAAGAGGAUGGUAGUAGAUGUUCUGAAGGUUCAACCAGGUGACAAUCUUACUGAGAUCCUUUAUACACCGGCUACUCCUGAGCAGGAAGAAGAGCACCAGCAGUUGAUCCAGAACAGAGAGGUGUCUGAGCAAGCACAAAUGUCACGCAGCAAAACCAUCAAAAAAUCAGACUCAAUGUCUGGAGAUAGAAACCUUCCACUGGAGGGCAUGAAGAGAAAGAUAAUGCGCAAUCUUCGUACUUUGGAGACAGAGGGUAUGGUGGACAGCAAAAAUGACUACCAGGAGAUCAUCAAUGCUAUUGCAAGGGUA